CCACCUCCCCCAGCAGCUCCUAUAUAGCUGGGCGGGCCUGGCUGCCAAGAGGGUGUGCUGGGGGACUGUGCAGCUCGAGGCUCCAGAGGCACACUCCAGAGACAGUCAAGGUUCUGCCGCAAUGAGGAAGCACCUGAGCGGGUGGUGGCUGGCCACUGUCUGCAUGCUGCUCUUCAGCCACCUCUCCGCAGUCCAGGCGAGGGGCACCAAGCACAGAAUCAAGUGGAACCGGAAGGCCCUGCCCAGCACUGCCCAGAUCACAGAGGCCCAGGUGGCUGAGAACCGCCCGGGAACCUUCAUCAAGCAAGGCCGAAAGCUUGACAUCGACUUCGGAGCCGAGGGCAACAGGUACUACGAGGCCAACUACUGGCAGUUACCCGAUGGCAUCCACUACGACGGCUGCUCCGAGACCAACGUGACCAAGGAGGUGUUUGUCGCCGGCUGCAUCAACGCCACCCAGGCGGCAAACCAAGCGGAGUUCCAGAAGCCAGACAACAAGCUCCACCAGCGGGUGCUUUGGCGGCUGGUCCAGGAGCUCUGCUCCCUCAAGCACUGUGAGUUUUGGUUAGAGAGGGGCGCGGGACUUCGGGUCGCCACGCACCAGCCGCUGCUCCUCUGCCUGCUGGCUUUCAUCUGGCUGAUGGCGAAAUAAGCUUGCCAGGAGGCUGGCAGUGCAGAGCGCAGCAGUGAGCAAAUCCUGGCAAGUGACCCAGCUGUUCUUCCCCAAACCCACGCGUGUUCUGCAGGUGCCCAGGAGUUGUGAUGCACUUGCGCCGCAAAUGCCGCUCCCACUUAUGCGCCCUGGUAUGUGCCUGUGUUCUGAUAGAUGGGGGCUGUGGCUUCUCCAGCACUCCAUUCUCAGCCCCUAGCAGAGCAUCUGGCACACUAGGUUAGUAAUACAUGCUUGAUGAGAAGAACACUCAGGAACUGCACCACCUGCCUCAUGGUACUUCCCAACAACUCUUUGAGGUAGGUGUACUCCCGUUUUACAGAUGAGGAAACUGAGGCUCAGAGAGCUGAAGUAGUGCACCCAGCAUCACCAGCUAGAAAGUGGAAGAGCCAGGAUUCAACCCUGGCUUGUCUAACCCCAGGUUUUCCGCUCUGUCCAAUUCCAGAGCUGUCUUGUGAUCACUUUACGGCUCACAGGGACCCCCAUUCAAACAUGUAUCUCUAAUGAAACUGUAGAAGCUCCACAUUUAGAAAUAAAUGAAAACACCUGAA